AUGGAUCCAAUUUUAAAAGAUCAAUUUACUAAUAUAAAAAAAUAUAUUGGAAUGGGGGAUAGAAAAAGUGCAAUUACUUCAUUAGAAGAGCUUGAAAAAAAAAUAGAAAUUUAUGAAAAUGAAAAAAAAAAUUUAAAUAAUUUUAUGCAUAAUUUCAAUAUUUUUCUUAAAACAAACAAUCAGGUAUUAGAAAAGUAUAAUUUAGAAAAUCAAAACAAUAUCAAUCAGUCAAAUAGUAGUGAAAAUUUUUUCAGUUCUAUAUUUACCAGUUUUAGAGGCUCCAAAGGAAAUAAAGGUAGUAAUAACAUCGACAAAAACAUUAAUAAUACUUAUAGGUAUAAAGAUAAUAAUAUGAAUAAUAAUAAUAGUGAUUAUAAUUAUAAUGAUAGUAAUAGUAAUAGUAAUAAUAAAAUAAAUAUUAAUAAUAUGAAUAAUAACAGAGAUUAUAAUUAUAACAACAGUUAUAAUAAUUAUAAUCAUAAUAAUAACAAUAGUUAUAAUAAUUAUAAUAGUAUUCAUAGUAAUAACAGUAUAGAAAAUAGUAUGAAUAAUAUAAUUAAAGACCAUAGUUAUAAUAGUUAUGAUAAUAUUAAUAAUAAUAAUUAUAAUUAUAAAAAUAAUAAUAAUAUUAAUAAUAUUAAUAAUAUUAAUAAUAAUAGUAUAAAUAAUAAUAUUAAUAAUAAUAACAAUAUUAAUAAUAAUUAUAAUAAUAAUAAUAUUAUUAGUAAUAAUAAUAAUUAUAAUAGUUAUAAAAAUAAAGAUAGUAUGGAAAUUGAAAGAAAUAAUAAUAAUAUAAAUAAUAUGAAUAAUAUGAGCAAUAUAAAUAAUAAUAUCAAUAAUAGUUUUAAUACUAAUAAGAAUAUUAAGAAUAUUAAUAAUAAUAAUAAUAAUAAUAUUAAUAACAGUAUAAAUAAUAAUUAUAAUAAUAUUAAUAACAAUGAUAAUAUGGAAAUAGAAAGAAAAAACUAUAUUAUGAAUAUGGACAACAUAAAUUAUAAUAUCAAUAAUAGUAAUAACACUAGUAUUGCUACCAUUAUCAAUCCCAAUAGUAAUAACACUAGUAUUGCUACCAAUAUCAAUCCCAAUAAUAUAAAAUCACAUGAUACUUGUAAUGAUAAUAACCGAGAACAAAACAAAAUAAUUAUAUCAUCAUCAAGCUCCCCUAUUGCGUCGAGUGAACAGUUUGAGGGUACCAAAAAUAAAAGUAAUAGUGAUAAUAUUAAUACUAGUAAUAAUAACAAUAAUGACAAUAUAAAUAAUAAUAUUAACAAUAAAAGCAUCUCUGAUAAUAUAACAACCCAACCAAAAUUGAAAAAUAAACCUAAAACAAUUUAUUUUUAUUCAAGUAUGGGCGAUAAAGACUAUUAUUCCUCAAUUUCAAGUUAUUUUGCCUCCAAUUUACCAAUAAUUAAACAAGAGACUAAAAAUUCAAAUGUUUUAAUUUUAGAAAAAUUUAAUAAUAGCAUGGAUACUGCAGAUAGUGACGGCGAUAACGAUAGCGAUAGCAGCAGUGGUUCCCAAUCCGAUAAAAAGAAAACCAUUCUAUAUAUUAAAA